UCAUAUUCAAGGCAUCACUUCAUGAUUUCACUGUCAUAACUUCUCAGAUUUCUUUCAGCUUCUCUCCAUCUAGGUACACCCUGUUCGUGUCAUAGUGACUUAAACAUAUACACACUUGUUUCUGUGAUCCUUCACCUAUCUCCUCUUCUGACACUGAACUUCAAGGAGGGUCAAUUUCAAAUAGUCAUGUCAGGGAAAGCCAAGAACAAGGUGGAGAUUGAAUUGGGUUGCGGUUUCGUGGGGAGAAUUUUCCAACUCAGCAAAAGCAAUAGGCUGAGAAAGUCUUCUGUUCAUUCACUACCCAUGAAGGCUAGCAAUAAUGCACAACAGAGAGAUCAGGACAAAAACCAUGAAUCAAAGGUUCCUAGAAACAGCUUCACUGAGACCUUUCCCACUGAAGGGAACCAGAAUCCAGCGAGGAAGAGCAACUCUAGCCAUCGUUCAUCUUCUGCACACCGAAACAGCCAAAAUGGGAGACCUUCAGAUGCUGCAAGAAGCUCAAUUCAAAAGAACCAGGACUCAAAUGAGGAGAUCAAACAACAGAGAGAGCUAAGUGGUACUUCUUUGGAACUUGCUAGAAUAAGAACUAGUCAUCAGCGAGAUAAUGAGACCAAAUCCCCAGCCAAAGAAUUAGGUACCUUGAAACUCACUGGGAAUUUGCUCCUCAAUAACAGCCCAAGAACUAGUGUUACCAAGACUAAAGAGUUGAACACUAUGUCCAGUAUUUAUAAUAAUGCCAACAAAGGUGUAAUGGGGAAUAUCAUGAGGAAGAACAAUGAUGAGCUUGCACAAUUUCGAAGUCCAAGGAACAACAAAGUAGACCCUGAGGUGUUGAAGUCCAUGGGAAAUGAAGCACAUAAGCAAGGAAGAUUUGAAGAAGCUUUGGCUUUUUAUGAUCGAGCCAUUGCUCUUGACUCGAAUAAGGCAACGUAUCAUUGCAAUAAGAGUGCAGCUUUAAUUGGCUUGGGACAGUUUCAGCAGGCAAUUGUUGAAUGCGAGGAAGCUAUUCGUUUGGAGCCUUCAUAUGGCAGAGCCCGCAGCCGUUUGUCAACAAUUUAUUUCAGAUUGGGAGAAGCAGAAAAGGCACUGAAUUGCCUUCAAACAACCCCAUACGUUGAUUCCGUACAGGCUUUCCAAGCUCAGGCUCUACAAAAUCACCUUAACAAAUGCACCGAGGCUCGGAAAGUCAAUGACUGGAAAGCUAUACUAAAUGAAACUCAGUCUGCAAUAUCGUUAGGUGCUGAUUCAGCUCCACAGGUCUAUGCUUUACGAACCGAAGCCUUGCUGAAGCUCCUAAGACGUCAAGAGGCAUCUGCCACCUACGAGAAAAUGCCAAAAUUUGACCUUGAUUGGUGUAACAAAUUAUUUGGCCUGGCUCGUAGUGCUUACCUUUUCAUGAUUGGCGCACAAAUUUGCUUGGCAACCAACAGGUUUGAGGAUGCUGUGACAGCAUCUCAGCAAGCAGCUAAACUUGAUCCAAGCAGCAGUGAGGUGAAUGCAAUGGUAAGGAGGGCCAGAGUAGUGACAUCAGCCAGAAUGAGGGGUAACUUACUCUUCAAGGCAUCAAAAUUCAUGGAAGCAUGUGCAAUAUACAAUGAAGGACUAGAGCAUGAUCAAUACAACUCAGUUCUGCUAUGCAACAGGGCAGCAUGUCGUUCUAAGCUAGGCCAAUUCGAGAGAGCAAUUGAAGAUUGUAAUGUAGCCCUUAUAGUUCAGCCAAGUUAUAGCAAGGCAAGGUUGCGGAGGGCAGAUUGCAAUGCUAAGUUGGAACGAUGGGAAGCUGCCAUUCAAGAUUAUGAAAUGCUAAUAAGAGAUAAGCCAGGGGAUGAGGAGGUUGCCAGGGCUCUGUUUGAGACUCAGCUCCAACUCAAGAUGCUGCGUGGUGAAGAUAUUAAGGACUUAAAAUUUGGUUCAAAUUUGGUUUCCAUCUCAAGCAAUGAUCGGUUUAGACAUUAUGUUACCUCACCUGGGAUGUCUGUGGUGCUCUUUUGCAACAAGGAAACCCACAAGCAAGUAUUACUUGUGUUGGAGCAAACCUGCAAGAGAUUCCCAUCAGUUAAUUUCCUAAAGGUGGAGAUUGAAGACCAUCCCUACUUGGCAAAAUCAGAAGGUGUAAGCUCCAUCCCAGCCUUCAAAAUAUACAAGAACGGAUCAAGGGUCAAAGAAAUUCCAGGAAACAACCACGAGUUGUUAGAAAGAUCAGUUAAAAUAUAUAGCAGCUGAAGAUAAUCACACUUCUUCAAAUGCUUCAUCAACCAAAGAGGAAGUAUACCAUUGAUGUAGGCUGUAGAAAAGUUUAUAGGAAGAGGGCAUUCUUUGUGUUAGUAAUUGAUUCUUUUAAUCCUUUGGAAUGUUUGAGCAGUCUUUAAUUCUCCAUACCCUGUAUUUCAUACACUGCACAUUGGUUUGGUAAACCUGAUCAACUUCAAUUUUUUUAUUUUUUGGCUGAUAAGUUAUAUAUUCUUUACAGGAGUGGUUUUUCAUAGGUUGCCAUUUUAAAUU